CAAAGAUUUUCAUGGCUGAACUCACUGCAAACUUCCAGAGCUUGAAGCCAUCAUCUUCUCCUCUAAUGGAUAUGGAUCCCAACCAAAAUCCAAGUCUACUCCAUAACCCAAAUGUGAAUUUUCUUGACACCAUCCCUGUUCUGUUCAAUGACAGUUUCUUCGGCAACCAAGCUCCUCCCAGAUUCCUGGAAACUUGGGGAGAAAAUUUCCCAGGAGUUUUCUGUCAAGCCAAUCAGAUCACAGCACCCGAUUUUCCAUCUGGAAAUGACCUCCAUGAGACCAAAAAAAGAAAGCUUGAAACUGAUGCAUCUGAAUGCAGCUCUGGCAACUCGACCCCUCAGAUUUCUGAAACUGGGGUCAAGACUAAAAAUAGCUCCAGUAAAGGAAAGCGGUCGAAAAAGGGCGGCGAAAACGACGACGAGAAACCGAGGGAAGUGGUUCAUGUUAGAGCCAGAAGAGGUCAGGCAACAGACAGUCACAGUGUAGCAGAAAGGAUAAGAAGAGGAAAAAUCAAUGAAAGAUUGAGAUGCUUACAAGACAUUGUCCCUGGAUGCUAUAAGACAAUGGGGAUGGCAGUGAUGUUGGAUGAGAUAAUUAAUUAUGUGCAGUCUUUGCAGAACCAAGUUGAGUUUCUUUCUAUGAAACUCACAGCUGCAAGCUCCUUUUAUGACUUCAACUCAGACUCAGAUUCUGGAGACAAAAUGAAGGUGAAGGAAUUGAGAGAGGGAAAUGGAGAAUUGUUGAUUUCAUCGACCCAAUUUGGUCCCUUUGACUUGAGCUUCGGUCCAUAUUCUACGUUGCCAUUCAACGGCAUGUGAUGAACAAGUUUAGAUUAUAACUUAAUUAGCUACUAUAUUAAUUUAAAUGACCAAAUUUGUUCCCACCUUAAUUUUUAAGCCAUAUACUUAAAUUGAUUCAUCCUCGUAAUCAACCUCUCAUACAUGUGAGAAAUUUCAUGGAAAUAUGUAAUAGGUAGCCUUUUUGUCUCUAUUGAAUUAUAUAAAUAUAACCUUUUUUUUUC